AUGUCGGCACCACUACCCUCACCCUCUGCCAACCAUGCGCCAAUGCAGUACUUUCCCUCCAUGACGGGACAUCAGCAACAUCUGCCACCUACUUCGCAUCCUUUGCAGCAAGCACAACAACAACACCAGCAGCAACAGCAGCAACCAGCAGGAGCUUCAACUUCGAUGGCAUUUGUGGGCCAAAGAGGAGAUGGUGGAGGAGUGCCUUCGACUGCGCCGUUCCUAAACGACUUCAAUCUCCUGGCAGAAGCGGCAAAGAGGGCGCAAAUGGCGUGUCUAUCGAGAGAUCUGGGCGACAUUGGCUUGUGA